CACAGAGGCGGGGCUUACAUGCAGCCAAUGAGUGUCGCAAGGCAAGAGACUGUGAUAAAGAGACCACGAGCUGGCGACAGACAGGCAGACGCUGAUUGGUCGGCUGCGAAUGAGCGGUGGCGUUGAAGGGCAGGAGGCGGAGCUGGCAAGGGCCUAGAAGCCAGGGUAGUUCACCCAUCCACACAAUACCGCCUCUCCUUGUCGAGGGAUGGCCACGCCAGCUUAAGGCGGCCACACAGCAAGAGUUUCAUUCGGAAGGAUGCGAGGAUCAACAUACUCUCUCCCACUGCAGUCACACUCAGUUUGCACGGAUCCAAAGUAAAGAAGAUUUGCGACUAAGCUGCACGCGGCAACAAUUCCGCUCUGUGUUGAUCUUCAAAAGAUUGCCCGAAGGACAGCAGCUGGAGGAGUCCUAUAGUCCGCCCAUUUUAUGAUCAUCGUCGAAAGUUUCCUGAUGUUGACAAACGUCGCCUUUUUCAACCCAAAAGUGGGAUCGUCGUGAGCACGCGGACUUAGUCGAGAAGUGCACGAAGUUCAUUUCACUCGGACCCGCGGAGGGACUGUCGCCGUUUAACGUAGAGAGAGGCGACAAUUGUCCUCUUAACCUGGUUUUAUUUCGAGUGGACUGGUGUUUGUGUCGGACUGUGCUACCUAUCUCAAGAGACCAGUUCAGUGUUGUGGACGUAGUUCUAGACAAGUUCUAUCGUCGUCGUCGCUGUUUCGUGGAGUGACAGUUACGGUCUCUCCAUCAACUUCUUUCUUCCCUUGUUUAGACAAAGCUUUGAAACUGGGUGACGACCAGGCUUUCGGCAUGUCUCCUGCCGGUUCUCCUCCGUCCCCAGGGGAUGGACAGCACCACAAUGGAGCCCCACCCCCCAUGACCAGCAGCGACCUACACUCCCACCCUGACUACGUGUACGACACAUCCCGCUGUGACACCGUGCGCCGCAAGUGUCGCGAGUUGUGCUACAACACAGCGUGGUCCGAGUAUCCGUCGCCUCUAAACGACGGGCGGCCGGGGGCCGAGCUGUACGCCCCUCUGCAAGGCAGUCCAGGACUGGACGGUGUGGGCGCCGCGGCGUCAGACGACUUGCGUCAGAUGGCCAACAUGACGUACUCGCACGCGCCUUCCUCUCACGUGCAGAAGCCCGCGCCCUACUCUGUCAACGGCAUCAGCCUGUCGGACAACGUCAACCUCCUGCACCCCGCCGCCAUGGGCUACCCCCAGCCCGAUAUGUACAGUAACCCUCGCAAACAGCGCCGAGAGAGGACGACCUUCACCAGAGCGCAGCUGGACGUCCUGGAGGGUUUGUUCCAGAAAACCCGUUACCCGGACAUAUUCAUGCGCGAAGAAGUAGCCUUGAAAAUCAGCUUACCCGAAAGCCGAGUACAGGUUUGGUUCAAGAAUCGCCGUGCAAAGUGUCGGCAGCAACAAAAGGCACAAGACCAGAAGAAGCAGCAGAGCAACAACAGCAGCAACACCACUGGCAACACCCCCAACAGCAACGGCGGCGGUAGUGGUGGCGGUGGAAGCGGUACUGGUGCGGGACCAGGCUCGGCUGGAGGAGGCGGAAGUGGAAACGGAGGUAGCAGCAACGCCGGGAACAUCACACCGCCGCCUCCCAGCGGGCAGUGCGCCAGCCCUAAAGUCAAGGCCAAGUCCCCGACCCACUCGUCCUCGGGGUCGCCCGGCAUGGGCUACAAAACAUCUCCCAUGACAACCACUCCUCCCAACGGCAGCGCCAUGAGUAUCGGGGCGGCCGGCUCCAUUUGGAACCCGGCCUCCAUCCCUACAGCGAUCCCCCCGGUCAACGACUUCUUGGGUUCCCCCUCCUGCAUGCAGCGCGCGGCGCCCUACCCCCACAUGACGUCACACACAGGUCAGGGUGCCACGGCGGCCUACCAACCCCAGAGCUAUCACAACCACUACUACAGCAACAUGGCCGACUACCUGAGUCCCAUGCAGAUACCAGUCUCCGCCAACCCCCACUCCCAUGCCCAGGCUUCCCACCACACUCAUGCCAACGUCAUGUCGCUUGGCAACGGCCAGGUAACCCAGAUGACGUCACACUAUGGAGGCCUGUCCGCUAACGGGAACGGCCUGGGGGUGCGAGGACCUGCUAGCGGAGACUGUCUCGAGUACAAUCCCAAGGACCCUAACACCUGGGCCGGACCUCGCUUCCAAGUGCUCUGAACAUGCGAGCUCCCAUCUACCCACCCAAGGAAAAAAAGUUUCGAGUCAGACGAGAAGUUUUUCUUGUUUUCAAACUGUUCUUUAACGACCGACCUUCUUCAGAGACAAUGUGAGCUCUCAAAGACAGCACUAGCGUUCGGUGUCUCAACGACCCUCGCCGACAGUUGGUCGCGGGCACCAAACAGCCAGGAAACGGUGAUUUCACGCAUUUUACCCAUUUACUUCAAGGGACUGCACUCUGCUGUGGAAGGCUGCAUGAACAAGAGUUUAUGGGUGGACACGAUGGCUGCGGCUCACUACAGGAGUGAGUUCAGGUUCUUCAAUACUAGACACGGUUCAUCAUCACUGGACACGGUUUCUCGGUAUGCGGUAUCACUGGACACGGUAUCCUCGCCGUAAAGUGAACGACUUUGGCGCCAUCAUGUGUGCACACCGUCCUCGUGGACGUUCACGUGAAGAACUGUCACCAUGGUGUCCAUGAGGGGACCCUCUGACUUUUCAAUUCCUCGGACAGAAUUUUGCCUCCUACACCUCUUUUUUUGGAUAUCCCUUUAAGAAAAAGGGGAGAGCACUACGCGGUAAAGACGCUGGUAGAUUGUUGCCCCCUGUGGAGACUUUCCAGAAACGUUCGAGUCACGACACGCAGCUGUGUGUAAAUUACAGAUGAGAGGAUGCAAGCUGAAUUUUUCUUAGAGACAGGCCUUCGACUUGUGCAAUAUAUCACACGGACUCACAGACUGACUGGCUGACGAUCACGGUUGGCCAUUUUCUGGUCUUACGGCAAGUUGCACUUUCUCCACAGCUCUCCCUUUGUUGUUCCCCGAUGUAAAGCAAGUUUAUGUUGGAUCCUCUGUACUGCACAUUUCUUACAGUGCUUGGAAGAUUAGAUAUAUUUGUAAAUGGAAAGUCCAUAAAGGCUAAAGAAUAAGUAAUUUCCAUUGAAAACAUUGAUCAGGCGCGGCUUUCAUUCUCCAAGUGUCAUUCGGAAAACAGUGGGAUGGGGUGGGGGGAGGAAGGUGAGCUAGCCACUUCGGAUGAUGUGAGUAAAUGAGAGAACAAUAACAUGAAGAAAGUCAUCGCGCCAUCAGCCCAGCCUUCACUGCCGAGGGAAAUGUGAGUGUGUUAUUUCAGACGGCAAAGAAACUGUCAACCCUAAGCCUGCCAUCUCUAGAACUGCGGCAACAUCUGAACUGUGUGUGUGCGUGUGUGUGUUUUAAAGGACAUUGUUUAAAAGAUCGCUGGGGUCCUCAGUCAAGGUGGCUCUUCCAGGUACGCAACAGUAUCUUUUACUUUUGGUAAUACCUGCUUUUUUUCUCAAAGUCCUUCGUUUUUUGUGUUGCCGUUGUGCAAUGGUAGACCUCCACACCUCACAAUCUCUCACUCAAGACCGUUAACUACUUGAGGAAUUUCCGUAAAAGUUUUUUUUUUUCCUUUUUUUUUUUUCCUUAACCACUUCCAGUAUUCACAGCAGAAGUGACCUACCUGUGAAUACCUGUGUUUAGAAAAGCCAGAUGUUUAUAGGAAUCAAUACGGAACAUUAUUUUUUCUCACAACUGAAUGAAUCGUAUUCAUUAAAGUAUUUCUAUCAUCCUUGGGUCACUACCCUGGAAGGACGAUGUCUCACUGUCUCUCUUGUCAAUUCCUGUCAUCCCAUCCACUGAGGGUGACAGCCCACCCAGAAAGGUCAUGGCACAGAGCAAGAGGACAACAGUAUGUUCCCGUUUGUUACUUGACAUGUUCCCGGAUGUGACAAGUGAAAGACUGUGUUCUGUAGAAUCAAGUGGCAGACCCCUACAAGGCGCACUUUUAACAUCCCUACACUAUCAUACACAAUCCUAACCCUGACCCUCACGUUCCUUUUUUUUGACAUCAUCGGAAAUUUCAAUUGUUACUAAAGAAAGAAUAACACUUUUUUAAUUAGUUAAUCUAUUCACCCUGUUACAGCGACCCCAUUGUAAAUGUAAUGCCAUUUGUCUCCCCUUUCGUUCCUUAUUAUUCAUAAUGAGUUUCGCUGAAAUCUUCAUUUCAUUAUAAAAGUAAAAAAAAAAUUCUCGAAUUUCACUUUCUCUGCGGGUUUAUUAUCAGCACUUCACUUCGGGCACAGAAAUUAGAAAGUUCUGAUUAUUAUUCAUUGAAUCCUUUCUUAUUUUUGAAUUAUUUUUCGUGUCAUUUUGUCGAGAUACCUGGCUGUGUGGUAGAUGGCUUUAAUUAAAUUUGGGAUAGAUGCGUAUCCUGUCAAUUGACGAAGUCCUGUAAAUACUCAGAGAACCUCGUGGGCCACUUCUCAUCUGUAUUAUAAAACUGGCCCGAGGCACAGGCGCACAUUUCUCCAUUUGUGAGUGGAUGAGAGAGUGAGAAGAAAUAUGGAUGGAGGCAAAGAAAGAUCAGUGAACACAAAUGGAGAGCACACUUUCCACUUGUAGGCAAAUGUCUAGAGGCUCUCUCUUCAAUCAGUUGUCCUCCUUCCACCACCUCCCGCAAUGGUGAUUUUUCAAAUUCAUUUAAAAUAAAAUAAAGUGAUAUACAGGCGCUUGUAAAUGUUAUUCUCAGAGGUGGGUAAGGGAAGAGGUUGGUGGUUGGUGGGGUGGUCAAGAAAGGACGGACAUAUUUCAGAUUAUUUGCAUCUAACCCUGCCUACAUUGUAGACGGCAGAUGACUUGGUACCCUCCAUUCCGUGAGUGUGUGUGUGUGUGUGUGUGUGUGUAUACGUGUGUGUGUACGUGUGUGUGUACGUGUGUGCGUACGUGUGUGCGUACGUGUGCAUUGGUUACAGUAUGUCUGAGCCUGCAGUCUGUCACGGUGUAGACAUUGCUAGCACCUGUCUAGUCUAGAAAGUCCUUGGAUAUUUUAAUGUAACUCACACCAUUUAUUCGUGUGACAGUGACUAUAAUUUUUGUCUGUUUGAUUACCUGUCAGAUAAGCUCCCCAUGCAAUGCAUUUUUUUCCCCAAUCAGUGCACAAGUUCGCCCUCUCCGAGAGUCUAUCAACCCUAAGUAUAAAAAUGAAAUGUCCACUCCUUUCUCAAGUGGAUCAAGCAUUUUCAGAAAAGUUUAUGGCUUGACCCGUAAUUAUCAAGAAGAACAUCGAAGGCAUUAAUUAAUUUUUUGAAAAUAUGGUAGACAACAUUGUCCGUGCAGCAUCCACAGAACAAAAAGGUAAUUCCCACACUAUGCAUUAUCCACUCAUAGAGGUCGCCAUAUGUUCAGAUGAAGUAUUAUUUCACGUUGAAUUAAUUGCCUGACAAUAAUGUACUUUUGUAAUGUUCACUUCAUUGAUGGCAAGAGACCGACACCCACACUUUGCUUAGUCUUUUGUACGAGCAUCAUUCAUGUGUAGUUGGUCUCCUGUGGCUUGUGUCAACUCUCUCCGUGUUGAGGAACAGAGUUCAAUACUGUAUUCUUCUUUUCUUCCUGAAGGCGAUAUUUCGACAAUCAUCCCUUAAAUAUCUUGCUUCAGUGCGCAUGCGCCUUGUAACUAACUUCCCGACAUGAUAUGAUCUAUCAAAAAAGUGUUGACAACUAAGAUCGAGUUUUUUCCUACGGAAAUAAAUUAAAGUAAAUAAGUGUAUUCAUCAUUAAAAAAAAAAAUGAACUGUCCUUCAUCAUCAGAUUAAUUACAGGGAGCUAGGAAUGGGGUUAAAGUAUUUCAGAUUGAAUUCCGUCUUCACUGAACUAUCUCAAAAUACUUCGAUUUUUUUUCCAAGGACGAUUUAGAAAAGAAUUUUCUGCUCAGAUCAUUAGAAGCCUGAGACAAACACUAGCAACAGCUUGUGUAAACGGCUAGUAGCAUUUUGGAUCAUAAUUGUUUUAAAAAUCUUUCUCGCUUAUUUGUGUCGGUUGACAAUAUAUGAACAAAUUAUUUUCAGUGUUUUCAAUUUUUUUAAACUAUAUCUUUCCGUUCUAUUAACUUAUAUACAGCCAUUUCCAAUUUUAUUUUGUUCCCUGUUUUUAUUUUGGAGGAUAGGCGAUGGGUCAGCAACCCCUUUUAUAACCCCUUAUGGGGCUGUGAUACGUGUCUGUAGCAGAAAUCGCUAAAACAUAGAGAAAAUAAAUGUACAGAUGGACAAUGCUUGUAUUUUUUAUAUAAAUUAAUCUUGAGAAAGUGGGAUGGGUGGAUAUGAGGGAAUGGGGAAAGUACCAGGCAUGGAAUGGGGGUCUGUCCCGUGUGAUACACCAAGCUGAGAAUACUCUGAACCACAGACUCGUGUAGCUUCAUUCAAACCGCAUCCAGAGGUCCAGUCCCCACUGGGGCUGUACACUUGUACACUUGUAUACAACAGUCCUCGUGGCUGGCCGUUGGUCUGAUAUUAAUUAACGUGUUGCAUGUUGGGACAGAAAGUGUUGGUCUUGGUAGCAUUCUGUGUACGCUGGGAGUCCCUCUUGUGUACAUGAUAUUUAUUCAUACGGAAGCCCACCCAUGUGACAUGUCAUGUGUAAAGUACAGUUAAUAAUAUUUUGUUUCAUCAAUGUUCGCAUCAUGCACAAUAAGCCUGCAGAAGGAGGUUCCUUUUUUCACGAAAUAUCAUUUUGGAAUGUGUAUGUUCUUUCAAACAAGUGGUCACAGUCUGUGGUGUGGAAUAAACGAUUCCUGUUAUACACAUUG